CCUUUUCUCCUCAGGGGACUAGAAACCAAUAACUAAUCAAGUACUAAAUAUUUCUCCACUCCAGAAACCAUACGCCAGCUGAGCGCUAGCUGUUACCAGCAGCAGGAGCUAGAAGAUGGGGUACUGGGUUGCUAGUGAGACGCUGCCGUACUUCAUUCUCCUCUUCUUGAUGCCUGUGAUGGUGUUGUUCGUCGUGUCCAGCCGGAGGCGGCGAAAGAUCCCGCUUCCGCCAGGCCCCAGGCCGCUGCCCAUCAUCGGCAACAUGAACAUGAUGGACCAGCUCACCCACCGGGGCCUCGCCAGCCUGGCCGACAGGUACGGGGGCCUCCUCCACCUCCGCCUCGGCUUCCUCAACGCCUUCGCCGUUUACCCGGACAUGGCCCGCCAAGUCCUCCAGGUGCAGGACAACCUCUUCUCCAACCGCCCAACCAUCGCCAUCACCUACCUUACCUACGACCGCCGCGACAUGGCCUUCGCCCACUACGGCCCCUUCUGGCGCCAAAUGCGCAAGCUCUGCCGUCAUCAAGCUCUCGCGCGCCGCAGCCAGUCCUGGGCCUCCGUCCGUGACGAGGUCGACUCCAUCGCCUCCGCUGUCGCCUCCUCUGGCUCGCCCGUCAACAUCGGCGAGCUGGUGUUCAACCUCACCAAGAACAUCACCCUCCGUGCUGCCUUCGGCACCCAGUCCAACGAGAACCAGGACGAGUUCAUCGGGAUCCUGCAGGAGUUCUCCAAGCUCUUCGGAGCCUUCAACAUCGGGGACUUCAUCCCGUUUCUAGGGUGGAUGGAUCUUCAGGGGAUCAACAAGAGGCUCAGAGUUGCAAGGAAGUCCCUCGACGGCUUCAUCGACAAAAUCAUCGAUGACCACAUGGCCAACCCUAAGGAGGUUGAUGCCGUGGAUGCUGACAUGGUGGAUGACAUGCUUGCUUUCCUCGGCGACGGAAAGAGGAUCGGAGAUCAGUCGUCGGAUGAGCUCAAACUCACCAGAAAUAACAUCAAGGCCAUCAUCAUGGAUGUGAUGUUCGGGGGAACGGAGACGGUAGCAUCGGCAAUAGAGUGGGCCAUGGCGGAGCUAAUGAGGAGUCCAGAAGACAUGAAACGGGUCCAGCAAGAGCUAGCCCAAGUUGUCGGCCUCGACCGCAAGGUACGCGAGUCGGACAUGGACAAGCUCCCCUACCUCAAGUGCUGCAUCAAGGAGACCCUCCGCCUCCACCCUCCCAUCCCUCUCCUCCUCCACGAGACCGCCGAGGACUGCGAGGUUGCGGGAUACUCCAUCCCCAAGAAGUCGAGGGUGAUGAUCAACGCUUUCGCUAUCGGCCGUGACAAGUCUGCAUGGAAAGACGCCGACACUUUCCGACCCUCUAGGUUUGCGCCGGGUGGGGAUGCCGUGAAUGUCGACUUCAAGGGGAAUUUCUUCGAGCUGAUCCCAUUCGGCUCUGGACGAAGGUCCUGCCCUGGGAUGCAGCUGGGGCUCUACGCCCUGGACCUCACGGUGGCUCAGCUUGCGCACUGCUUCAACUGGGAGCUGCCCGACGGAAUGAAGCCAAGCGAGCUCGACAUGGGCGAUGUCUUCGGGUUGACAGCGCCUAGAGCCAUCAGGCUCGUCGCUGUGCCUACACCGCGCCUAAAUUGUCAGAUCUGAUCCAUCAUAUUACGUACUUAGAGUUCGUCAAAACUCAGACGAUCGAGAAGAAGGUUGGUUGGUUGGUUGUUGAUGAAAGUGAAACGUACGUACAUAUGUGCGGCCAGUGAACGGCGCCCGUCAAAUUUGAAUACUGUUUGUCUCUACUUUUCACACAAUAAGUGGUUUGGGUUUCUGAUACAUAGGAUUCAAUUGUUUGUCAAUUAAUGUAAUACUUGUGCGAGUUACCAUUUUUCAUAUUGUUAUCGUAUGUCCACAUAACUUGUUGGUUUCA